AUGGCGCCCAGUUUCGAGCAGCUGACCGAGCAAGAUCUCCAUGAGGAGGAGGAGGAGGAGGAGAUCGAUUUCUCCGAUCUCAAAGCGCAGUUCGAAGUCAAAGCCGAUGAGGGACUGGACACAUUCGUUGUCAUCGACGGCCUUCCCGUGGUCCCUGAAGACAGCAGACAAAAGCUCAUUAAGUUCCUUUUGAGAAAACUCAACACCGUCGGCCACACCUCCGAAGAUGCCGUCUUUAUGCCGCUGAACGACAAGGGCAUGUCUGAAGGAUUCGCCUUUGUGGAAUAUGAGACCCCGGAACAAGCUGUCGCCGCCGUGAAGCAGCUGCACGGGGUUCCCCUCGAUAAAAAGCACACUCUCGCCGUGAACAAGCUGAUGGAUAUUGAACGCUAUGGUCGGGAGGGUCGCGUCGAGGAGGAGUACCAGGCGCCCGCCGUUGAGCCGUUCAAGGAGAAGGAGCACCUGCGCUCAUGGAUGGGCGAUUCGAACGCCCGCGAUCAGUUCGCCCUCUACCGUAAUGAUAAGGUGGGAGUUUUCUGGAACAACAAGUCCAACCCCCCAGAGAAUGUCGUCGACCGCGCACACUGGACACAACUCUUCGUUCAGUGGUCCCCCAAGGGUACAUUCCUCGCCUCCGUCCACCCCCAGGGUGUUCAACUCUGGGGAGGCUCCACCUUCACCAAGCAAAAGCAAUUCCCCCACCCCUUCGUCCAACUUAUCGAAUUCUCGCCUCUCGAGGGCUACUUGACGACAUGGUCAGCCCGUCCGAUCCAGGUUGAGGAGGGUCAGCCCGUCCUGACGUUUGAGGAGGAUGGAAAGAACAUCAUUGUGUGGGAUAUUGAGUCUGGCAAACCCCUCCGUUCCUUCGUCUCGCACGAUCUGACUGCUGGACCUACCCCCGAGGGUGACGUUGCGCCCAAGAAGAAGGUCCAGUGGCCCGCUUUCAAGUGGUCUGCGGACGAGAAGUACGUGGCCCGUAUGCUCCAGGGCCAGUCCAUCUCCAUCUACGAGGUGCCCAAUAUGAAUCUGCUUGGCAAGACCUCAGUGAAAAUCGAUGGUGUCAACGACUUCGAGUGGUCCCCUGCCACUGUCGUCCGUGAGGGUAUCAAGCAGCAGGAGCAGCUUCUUUGCUUCUGGACUCCUGAGAUUGGCAGCAACCCGGCCCGUGUUGCCAUGAUGAGCGUCCCCUCCAAGGAGAUUGUUCGUACUCGUAACUUGUUCAACGUUUCUGAUGUCAAGUUGCACUGGCAAUCCCAGGGCGCCUACGUCUGUGUCAAGGUCGACCGCCACUCCAAGUCCAAGAAGUCCAUGGCUACCAACCUGGAGAUUUUCCGCGUGCGUGAGAAGGGUGUCCCCGUUGAGGUCGUCGACAGCCUGAAGGAUACUGUCAUUAACUUCGCCUGGGAACCCAAUGGAUCUCGAUUUGUUGUCAUCACGACCGGCGAGGCCCCCACCGGUGCCGCCGUUCCCCCCAAGACUGCCGUUUCCUUCUUCGCCCCAGAGAAGAAGGGUAGUAGUGCCGGCAACUUCAAGCUGGUGCGCAGCAUUGAGAAGAAGACUAGCAACGGUAUCUACUGGUCACCUAAGGGUCGUUUCGUUAUUGUCGCUACUGUCCACUCCCAGUCCAACUUCGACCUGGACUUCUGGGACAUGGACUUUGAGGGUGAGAAGGUCGAGGCUGAGAAGGAUCUUGCUGCCAACCUUCAGCUUAUGAAGACCGUUGAGCACUACGGUGUUACUGACGUUGAGUGGGACCCUACCGGUCGCUACGUUGUCACCAGUGCUUCCGUAUGGACUCACUCGAUGGAGAACGGUUGGAACCUGCACACUUUCUCCGGAAACACCCUUUCCGAAAACCCCACCGACAAGUUCAAGCAGUUCCUUUGGCGACCGCGCCCCGCCACCUUCCUUAGCAAGGAGGAGCAGAAGCAGGUGCGCAAGAACCUGCGUGAGUACUCUAAGGAAUUCGACGAGGAGGACAAGUAUGCCGUGGAUAUCGCCAACACCGCUGUGGUCGAGACCCGCAAGCGUGUCCUCAACGAGUGGCUUGCUUGGAUCCGCCGGGAGAAGGAGAUCCAGGCCGAGGAGAAGGAUGCAUUCGGUCUGCCGGAAGAUGCCGAUUCGCCCAAGCAGGCCCUGGAUGCGCCUGUUGGUGGUACCGACGAAGGCGAGACUGUCGUCGAGGAGAUGGUGGAGGAGAUCAUCGAGGAGACCGAGGAGGUCAUUGGUUGA